UAAUCGUUGUAUAAACUAUAAUCUGAAAUUAUUCUCUCGCUGUAUGUGUGAUACUGGAGAUUAGAAAGAAGAAACAACUUCCUCGUGCAUUUGAUUGGGCGUCGUUGUUGGUGAUGGAUUGCAAAUCCAAUUGCUGUUCACACAUUCUUCCGCAUCCAAGAAAUAGAAGAUGAUGGGAGUUUUCCCUUGAAUAUGAUCUGUGAGGAUUGUGAAGAUGGAGUGAGAUUGGAAUUAAACUUGGGAUUGAGGUUGAGAUUGAAAAUCUAGUAUGAAAAGUGGAAACGAAAAUAGUAGGUUUCUUGGCUGACAUGAGUGCACGUGGCCACUGGAUUUAUAUAUAAUUGACAGCCACAAUAACAGAAAAAAAGAGAGGCCACUCAAAUAAAUACCAAUUGACCCCACUCCGAAUACUAUAUUUGAUUUUUGGAUAUGAACCAAAAACCAAGCUAGCUGCGAUGUUUAUGUAGGCUAACCUUGCUUGUCUUGGUUUGGUUUACGCAUGAAUGGCUCAUUUACUGGCGAGUAAUCCCAGUCCUUCACAUAAACUUGUGUGCUCAAACUUGGGGUACGGUGCUGGAAGAGGAUCCAGAAGUGGUUCUUACAGAGUGGGAAGGAAAAGGCGAGGAAGUGGUUUGGUGUUGCAAUGCAGCAGCAGCACAAGCACAAGCACCAUCAGUUCGCAAUUGCCUUGUGUUGAUCAGAAUGUGAGGUUGCAGAUAGAGAAUGGUAGCAGUGGAAAGCUGAAGCAGCAGUUUGAGUAUUUGGCGUGUGAAUAUGGAUGGAGAGUAAGGAGGCUAUUUGAAAACGCAGAUGAGAUAAGGAGGGCAUCUGAAGUUCAGGCCGAAGCAUUUCAUAUUCCUGUCUCAAUUUUCAACGACUUGUUCUUUCAAUUCUUUCAGGCGGAAGUGCUAUCGGGGCUCCGUUACAAGCUUAAAAACUCACCACCUAAUAGGUAUGCUUGUUUGGUAGCUGAGGCAGCAAAAGAUGAUCCAGAUUCAGCAAAACAACUUGUGGGUGUGAUAGAUGUGACUGUCUUAAGAGACCAAAAUGUGCUUCAACAUUUUCCACCUGAAGCUGAAGAGUACCUCUACAUAUCAGGAAUAGCCGUCUCCAAAACAUUCAGGAGGAGGAAAAUAGCGACUGUACUGUUGAAAGCCUGCGACAUGCUUUCCAUUUUGUGGGGUUUUGAGUUUCUUGCCCUUCGAGCCUAUGAAGAAGAUCUAGGUGCUCGCAAAUUGUACGCAAAUGCUGGGUACCAAGUGGUGUCUCGAGAUCCUCCGUGGACAAGUAAUUGGAUUGGAAAGAAAUGUCGUGUUCUUAUGAUCAAAAGAACUAGUUUGCCUAAGUAGCUUAAUUUAGAGUAGAAUUGUUCAGACAUAGACAUCUAAACAAAAUAACUGUAAUCAAGGUAUAUAUAGUAUAUGUGCUAGUGUGAUUUGUUGUUUAUUUCUCUCA